UCAUUACUCCGUUGUCAUUUUUGACAUUACUGUACCUGUUUGUUGUUCUUAUAUUAUUUAUUACUAAAUACUAAUAUUGUGCAAAAUAUAUGGUGUUAACCUGCGACUGCUUUCAUUAGUAUAAUUUAAAGUCUAUCAAUUUCGUAACUAUGCCAAAAGUGGUGUCAAGAAGUAUCGUGUGCUCAGACACGAAAGACCAGGAGGAAUACAACGAAACGAAACCUCUACACAUUUACUACUGUAUAUGCGGGCAAAUGUCGCUCAUCUUAGACUGUACAAUCGACCGUCUUCCUCUCAGACCGACAGACGGCGCCCGAGUUAUAGACGGAUCAAAACACGCCCACAAAAUAACUUCGGACCCUGACGAGACGGUGCACUUAAAGCGGGAGAAAGGCAUUGAACGGCAAUACAGAAUGAAAUGUAAAAAAUGCGCCAUACCAAUAUACUACAAACACCAACAAGACAGCAAUGUAGUCUUCAUCAUGGACGGAGCUUUAGUCCAAUCUGCAGGAGAAGGUGGGGUCACAGACAUAUACAAACAGGUCGCCCUAAACCAGCCCAAGAAGAUAAUGGUGACAAAACAUACGAAAAAUAUGGGUAAGUUCAGUUCAGUGACAGUUUCCACAAUUGAUGAGGAAGAGGAUGAGAUAGAAGCUCGGGAAGUGGCAGACAGCUAUGCCAACAAUGCCAGGAUUAUAGAGAAGCAGUUGGAGAGGAAGGGCAUGAAUAAGAGGCAAGCAGAGACCCCUGCACAGACUGCAGAAAAGAGGCCCAGAGGGACUCUAAUUGAUAAGUAGACAGUGACCAAAUAUGUAAUUACUUGAGUGUUGUAUAGAACUUCUGAACUUACAAAAUAUUGUGUGUGUAAGUUUUAAAAAUUAGGAAACUGUACAAGGUGUUAUAGUUCAGUGACAGUAGUGUUGAUUGAGCAAGUUUUUUAAACUCCCAUGGAAUGUAACUUGGAAUGGUUGUACUUUAUUACUCAACAUGGAGGGUGCUAUCGCUGGCAAAUAUAAUUCAAUAAUAAGAAUAUUUUUGUAUCAUGAAUAAAUUAAUGUAUGGAUAAAUUGUUAUAUUUCACAAAAUUAUCAACCAGGCAAUGAUAAUAAAAUUGUAUGAGAAAUAAUCUGUAUUUUUUUUUGUUAAUUGUAACUCGUACUUAGGCAAAGAUGUUAUUUGGUAGAUUUGGAAGUUGGACAAUUUGUACCUAAUAACUAAAAUGUAAAUAAACCAAAUUAAAACA